CAGUAGAAACACUCAAUCCCUUCCCCGCGGUCCUGGCGAUGUUGGUACACAGGUUACAGUAUGCACACGACGCACAGUUGACGCAUCGUAACAGUUACGACGCUCGUACAACUUUCGUUUUCCGCGAGUCGGGGCUCUAUCGAUCCGUUCGAUAGACAAACGCCGCCGAUUGCGAAUUACACUUCGAGGUUAACCGGGCCCUUCUGCCAACCACCGAGAUGGGGGUGAUAUUUCUCGAGCACAUCGGCGGCACCCGCCUCUUCUCCUGCGCCUCCUGCGACACCAACCUCACCAACAGGGGACAGCUGAUAAGCACACGCUUCACGGGUGCUACGGGACGCGCAUUUCUCUUCAAUAAAGUCGUCAAUCUGAAUUACAGUGAGGUACAGGACAGAGUGAUGCUGACUGGUCGUCAUAUGGUUCGAGAUGUCAGCUGCAAAAACUGUGACGCAAAACUCGGAUGGGUGUAUGAAUUUGCAACGGACGAGAAUCAACGGUACAAGGAAGGGCGCGUUAUCCUGGAACGAGCUCUCGUCACAGAGAGCGAUGGGUUGAGCGAGAAUAUUUAAUAUUUAAUAUCAAGUAGAGUGUUUAAUAUAUUAAAAAAUAACUAA